ACUGAUGUAGCAUUAGUCUGACUGAUUGUCGAAAUUUUGAUUUUACUUAACAUAUAUUGAUGGGGUGUAUUUGCAAUUAUUUAUUUGUGUUUGUUUUUUAUCUGGUCAAUGCUCAAAAAUCGACCUUUAAAGCUGCAGUUUAUGAACAUGCUGUUAUUAUUCCUACAGAUUGGGGAUCUCGGGAUAACCGAUCCACUGCAUUGCAAAACAUGAUGAAAAAUGUUGACAUUUAUAAGGAACAAGCUAUGAUAGCAAGCAAACAGAACGUGGAUAUCAUGGUAUUUCCUGAAUAUGGAAUAUAUGUGGGUAUGAGAAUAUCCCGAGAAGAUAUAAAACCAUAUCUUGAAUAUAUUCCUGAUCCGGAAGAAAACUGGAAUGCAUGUCAAUUUCCAGACAAGUAUGAAAACACAGAAAUACAAAGACAUCUAAGUUGUCUUGCAAAACACACGUCAAUGUAUCUUGUGGUUAAUUUCGGUGAUCGUCAGCCAUGUGUAAUUGGAAAUGAUCCGAACUGUCCUAAAGACGGACAUUAUCAAUUCAAUACCAACGUUGUAUAUAACCCUAAGGGUGAUCUUAUUGCAAAAUACCACAAGAAACACUUAUACAAGGAGAAACACUUUGACGUACCGCCGGUAACAAAACUGGUGACAUUUGAAACACCAUUUGGUAAAUUUGCCGUUUUUACUUGUUUUGAUAUUCUUUUCAAAACGCCUGCAAUCGAUGUAUUGAUGAUAGAUGGUGUUGGAAAUGUUGUUUUUCCUACAGCUUGGAUGGAUGCUCUCCCUUUACUUGCUGCCAUUCAGUUUCAUUCUGCGUUUGCGGCCAGCGCGAGGGUUAAUCUUCUAGCAGCAAAUAUAAAUCUGCCAAAGUACAGAUUUCAUGGAAGUGGAAUAUAUUCCCCGACAGGCUACAAAGCUUUUCAAUACAGCGAAUCCCACGGAGGAAAGCUUUUAACUGCUGAUUUACCUAUCGUAAAGACAAACGCAUUUAGGGCCAAAUUUCAAAGACCAGAUAUUAAAAUUGAAGCAACGGUUGGUAACGGCCAGUUCCAAUCCGAAGUUAGACACGAUCCAUUCAUGUUUGUUCCUAUACAGAACAACAAGGGAAAUGUGAGUGUGUGUGAUGGGAAAUUGUGCUGCUCUCUGUAUUAUGAACGAUUAGGUAAUGCCUCAGAAUAUUUUGCGUUUGGUGCAUUCGAUGGUCUUCACAAGUCGAGAGUAAAACCAUACUACUUGAAAGUGUGCACACUUCUAAAAUGUAAAACAGCAAAUAGAACCAGUUGUGGAGAUCGACUUGUAAAAGAAUCACUAACCAAUUUCACGAGCAUAAAAUUAAAGGGGACGUUUGAAACUCGGUAUGUAUUUCCUGAAGUUCUGUUGGCAGAUAAUGGUCAACUGAAACUUUCUUCUGGAGACUUUUGGACAUACAAGGAUGGAACUUUAGAAUCGAAACAUGGUUUUGAACACCCUGUCUUAUCCGUUUCUCUGCUUGCAAGAGAAUAUGAAAGAGAUAACGGAGGUGAAAAAGACGAAACAGAUGGUGGAAACUAUAUUUAUUCUAAUCUCUUUCUAAUAACUGUUGUUGCUAUCGCUACAUUUGGUAUUGAGUGAAAUAUGAUAUUCGUAUUGAAAGCUACUUAAGAAUAUGCAUAGAGGCUAGUCACCGCAAACACACAUCCCUUUUUGUUUUAGGUUGUUGUUGUCGUCAGGUUUUAUUUUACUUCUAUAAUACAUACAACUAUUACUAAUAAUAGAUGAGAAGAAAAUUUGUGAAGACGUUCGUUUGUCUUAGAAGACAAAAUUAAGUUAAGGAAAGGUUAGUAAAUCAAUAUGUCAAAUGGUAAAGUGCACCUAUAUCCUAUUACAGCCACAUUAAUUUAAAAAUAGGACACACUUAUAGAAACAACUUGUCCGAAUUAAUGAAUUGAAAAAAAAGUUAUUGUAGAGCCCAGGUGUUCAAUGGGCCAGCUCUCCAUCCAAAAUGACCCCUGUUUUACUUUAAAUAUAUUUUUUUCAUAUGACAAAUGCUUUAAUUUUCAUUAAAGUCAAUGGUAUCACAUGUGAGCGAUUACAGGCUCCUUUAAACCUUUGGUUGCAAAAGUGAAUAAACCUUUUAAUUUG